AUGGCUAUUAAGUUUCUUUCAAAACAGUCACUGGAAACUAAACCUUCACAAUUUUACAAAACCAUGGAGCGUUUCACAAACAGCGGAAAUAUGCUUGUUGAUGACUUCAAGCUGUUUCUUCAUGGCCUUCCACCUGAUUGCCAAGAAAGUACUUUAAAAGAUUUUCUUGAAGGUGUGUGCGGUUUUCCUGGUGCAGUCACAAAACUUAGCAUUCCCUCUACAAAGACAUAUGCUUUUGUGACACUUGCUGAUGUAGUAGUAGCAAACUGUUUGCUAGGAAAUACACUACUGUACUGUGAUGACAGUGGGCACUUCUACCAUGUGAAGGCCUGUCGUUAUGUUCAACGACAAUUUAGAAGAAAGGAGGUGAAGUAUGAUGUACCGCCAAAAGAAAGAAUCGAUCCCAAACCAAGAGCAAAAGCAUGCUGUAGUCAGGUGUAA